AUGAUCACAUUCUCGAGCCGUCUUUCCCACCGCCACAGCCACCGGAACCUCCACCUAGGAAAUAUGGAAUCUUCGUCAGUCGACCUCCUGGCCAACGUCGACCACCUCCCGCGGCUGCAGCUGCAGGCACACCUCCAAAAAUCGGAUUCAAGUAACUACAACUCGGUCGAGGCUUCCUCGAAAUCCACAGUCGAAAAAUACUCGAAUAAAUUGAGUGCUGGAGAUCGUGGACGGGGACGGGGUGACAUAGAAGACAGACCGUGUGAAAAGUUCUUCGAUAACUCCAUUUCGAUACGUUUCGAUGUCAAGAAGCUGCAUGGUAAAUCACUGAGGACUGUCACGCCGUUUACGAGGUCGCUGUUGGGUCUCAUCUCCAUUUUUACGAAAGGGAAGACUUGA